UUUUUUGAAUUCGCUUCGUUGUCUACUGUCAAAUAAUAGUUUUGACAGCGCGUAUAUACUUCUGUUCCUUUCUUUUUUCUUUCUGUCGUGAAGAUGACGAAAGGUACAUCAAGCUUUGGUAAACGCCAUAAUAAGACGCACACUUUGUGCCGUCGUUGCGGUCGUUCUUCAUACCACAUCCAAAAGUCAACUUGUGCACAAUGUGGAUAUCCCGCAGCCAAGAUGCGUUCAUUUAACUGGUCCGUAAAGUCCAAGAGGAGAAAGACCACUGGUACCGGCCGCAUGCGUCACUUGAAGAUUGUUCGCAGACGUUUCCGUAACGGUUUCCGUGAAGGUACACAAGCUAAACCCAAGAAGUCUGUUCAAACUAAAUAAAUGUAUUGAUCGUUUAACGUUGAACAACUUCUAAGAGGUUUAAUGUGAGUUUAAAAUGCAUUAUUUUUUUUUGUAAAAAAAUUAUUAAACAAGAAAACCUAAAUAAAUAAUUCAGGAGAAAA